CGCAAGCGCAGCAAAGUUAGGUCCCCACGGGGCGGUAACUCUGUAGCAAGUCCAGCCUGAUCUUGGACUCCACGCGGAUUUUUGCAGCUCUGGGACCGGCAAGAGGCCACUUGAUUCCGCGCUCCGGUUGUCAGCGCAGCUGAGCAGAGCGAGGCGGCGGCGGAGAGCCGGGUCCCACCAUGGCCGCGAAUUAUUCAAAUACAGGUAGCAGAAGAGAACAUGUCAAAAUUACAUCUGACCCCCAGCCAGGCUUCCUGGAGCGGCUGAGCGAGACUUCAGGCGGGAUGUUUGUGGGGCUCAUGACCUUCCUCAUCUCCUUCUACUUAAUUUUCACCAAUGAGGGCCGGGCCUUGAAGACCGCCACCUCGCUGGCCGAGGGGCUAUCCCUCGUGGUGUCCCCCGACAGCAUCCACGUGGUGGCUCCUGAGAACGAAGGGAAGCUGGUGCACAUUGUUGGAGCCCUGCGGACAUCCAAGCUCUUGUCUGAUCCCAACUACGGAGUCCAUCUUCCGGCCGUGAAGCUGCGCAGGCACGUGGAGAUGUACCAGUGGGUGGAAAGUGAGGAGUCGAGGGAGUACACGGAGGACGGGCAGACGAGAACCGAGACGCGCUACUCCUACAACACCGAAUGGAGGUCAGAAAUCGUCAGCAGCAAGAACUUCGACCGGGAGCUCGGCCACAAGAACCCCAGCGCGAUGGCAGUGGAGUCCUUCACGGCCACGGCCCCUUUUGUGCAGAUCGGCAGGUUCUUCCUCUCAGCAGGCCUGAUCGACAAAAUCGACAAUUUCAAGCCACUGAGCCUGUCCAAGCUGGAGGACCCCCACGUGGACAUUAUUCGCCGGGGAGACUUUUUCUACCACAGCGAAAACCCCAAGUACCCGGAGGUUGGAGACCUGCGCGUCUACUUCUCCUACGCGGGACUGAGCAGCGAUGACCCGGACCUGGGCCCAGCUCACGUGGUCACUGUGAUCGCGCGGCAGCGGGGUGACCAGCUCGUCCCGUACUCUACCAAGUCUGGGGACACCUUGCUGCUCCUGCAUCAUGGGGACUUCUCCGCAGAGGAGGCGUUUCGUCGGGAGCAGAAGAGCAACUCGGUGAAGACGUGGGGCCUGCGGGCGGCGGGCUGGAUGGCCAUGUUCAUGGGCCUCAACCUCAUGACGCGGAUCCUCUACACGCUGGUGGACUGGUUUCCUGUCUUCCGGGACCUGGUCAACAUCGGCCUGAAAGCCUUUGCCUUCUGCAUGGCCACCUCGCUGACCCUGCUGACCGUGGCCGCCGGCUGGCUCUUCUACCGGCCCCUCUGGGCCCUUCUCAUCAGCGGCCUGGCCCUGGUGCCCAUCCUCAUUGCCCGGACCCGCGUGCCCGCCAAAAAGCUGGAGUGACCCCGUGAGCCUCAGGAUCCGCUGGCCCCUCGCCUCUGCCGACUCCCUGCCAGGAGCAGGCCUGGGGGCCGCUGUGGGUGCUGCACCCCCCACUCCGCCAAAGGGUCCCCGUGUGGCCGCCUGCGCGUCGGACCUGGUGCCC